AUGAGAACAGACGUUACGUGUGCUAUAAAUUUUCGAAAAUUAGAGGACAAGCCGCUGAAUGAAAAAAUUGCAGGUCUUAGAUUUGAUAUAAACAAUGCACCAAACCAUCGGAUUUUUGAAAAUCAUGCAAAGUGUUCAGAAUAUUUUUGUAAAAAGUCUGGUGUUGUACAAAAUAUUUCUCUAUUUAAAUUGCUUACAAAUUUAAUACAGUCUGCCGUAGAGAAAAAAAACACUAUUAAAGAAAAAAUCAAAAUUGUUUAA